GUGUUUCAUAUGCAAUUUACAGCUGUUCAUUCACAGUGUGAUAGCAGAAGAGGCACAGAGGGAACUACACAGUGUGUUUCUUCCAUUUAUUUCCAUGAAACAAAACAGGAACCAGCGGUGUGUCUUAAAAAAUCGACCAUCAACUCUUUGGCCCGCCAUAUUGCCUGUCGGGAUCGGUCUGCCGAUUAUUGUUGGUAUUACUGUUCACUAACUCCAAACAGAGGAGGUAUCAGCACUUGUCAGUGUGACUCAGAUAAUUCGAAAUCAAUUCAGUCAGUAGUUCCCCUGCAUUGUUAUAUACCCUCCGGUAAAAGCUGUUCGUGGUAUAGGGAGUGUUUGGAAACCCGAAUUCCAUGUGAAUCGACAAAUUAUAAAUAUGCUAUAACAUAUGCAGAAAAGUAUUGUGAACUCUAUGAACAAAAUUAUGCCAGUUUUUCUUUACAGGGAAAAACAUGGGUGGAUGCGGUAAGAAAAUGUUUGCAAGAAGGUUUAGUCUACGCACUGUUUCCUAAAAAAACAGUGUCUUGUGAAAAUCUAAAGGCAAAGGCAUUUCUAUCUCAUAUUGAUUGUUAUCAGAAUCCGGCUCCAGAUGUUCGUUUCUGUGAUUUGAGCCUUUCUGAUCAGAUGCGAGUAUUUUGGACAAUAAAGGGUGCAUUGUUGAACGAAUUCAGAAAGACAGUAUCUUCGGGAUGGACAGUUUUGCGAUCUUGUAUCUCUGAAUCUUAUCCUCAAAAAUCUGAGAAAUUAGUCAUGCUUGAAAUUGAAUCUACUAACAAUCUUAUUACAGAGGAAAAAGUAGAAAAUAUUACCAAACAUUUGUCUCGUGUACUCGGAUGGUCACAAGACAUAAUGUAUGCUUUUGCAGGUCCAGACAUCAGUGAUUCUCAGGCAAAAUCCGUCUCAAUAAAAAUAUUUAUUUCUUCUCAAUCGAAGAGCCAAUUAAGACUGGAUGAAGCCAUUAACUCUCUGAUACAGAAAGCAAUGCCUGGGACAUCUAUUGUUCUGACGCUGGAUGAUGGUAGUACAGUAAAGAUCAUAGCAGUAACAGGCUGUAAUGACCCACAAUGCAUGUCUACUUCAUUUGCUUUCAGAACAAAUGAUGAUCUCAGAAAGGGUCUGUGUGCUUGUGUUACUAAAGUCUCUACUGCUGUUAACGGAAGGAAACAAGCAACUACUUCUUCUGAGAUUGGUGGACGACUGCGAAAAGGAUCAUGCUACAAAAUCGUAGAUGGUCCUUCCAAUAAUGACGAUUACACCUGGCACCAACUCACACACUACUGUUGGACUGAGAAUCUAUGGGUAGCAAAUUCGUACCUGGAAGCGUCUUUACUUUCUUACUGCAAUGAACCGAUCUGUCCGGAACGGUCUAAAAGUUUGGCCUGCCAAAUUAUAAACAAUACACAGAACAUUACAUUGAGGGACUACCAUCCCUCUGGGGUGAUAGACGAAGCCAAUCCCAGGCAGAAUAUCAUAGACACUUGCAGUGGUCACGCUGCAUGUCGAUCAAUGUAUAAUUGUACGGAAUGUGCCUAUCUAGGUGCCCCAGGUGGCUACAUUUGCCUCCAAGAAAACAUGCUGACGUAUAUUAAUGAACUUGGAAAGACAAUAGGCAUAGAGGUACAAAUUCCUAGAAUGCAAACAUAG